ACCAAAUCGCAAAGGUGGCGCUGUUUCAGUAAGUGUUCAAAACCUCAAGCGCCACCCAUAGCCUACCACGAACUGCGGGAAAAACACACCCUAAUCCAUAGUUGUUGCAACAUGUCCAGUAGGAUUUUAUACUAAUGGAGUUUUUAAGAUAUAUAUUUAAGCAUUUGGGACGGGGUUUAUGUUGAUUGUAAUGCAGUAGCUUCGGUUGGUCGCUUGAGUUGGGAUUUUCAACCUACAGCAAUCAUGUUCUGCAGAAACCAGACUUCCAGAGCCACUGUUGCCCGUGGAUCCGCGAUGGAGAUGGAGGUGAAGAGAGGCCGGUUCCGCCUGAGCGUGCUGGAGGACUCCGCACAGGACUGUGAGGUACAGAGACUGAUCGAGAGAGAGGUGAGGAUCAGAGAAGGGGCCUGUAAGCUUUUAGCUGCGUGUUCUCAGAGAGAUCAGGCUCUGGAAGCUUCCAAGACUCUCCUCACAUCCAACAGCCGCAUACUGGCCCUCAUGACCCAGCUGCAGCGCAUUAAGGAAGCCCAGGCCAUGCAGAGAGCAGGACGGAGGUCAUCUGAUGGUGCGUCUGUUGAUGAUCGAUUACCUUGUACUGGAAAAGUAGCUAUUUCAGAUAUUCGCAUUCCUCUCAUGUGGAAAGAUUCAGAGUAUUUUAAAAACAAAGGAGAGCUGCACCGGUGUGCCGUGUUCUGUUUGCUGCAGCUGGGGACAGAGAUUCACGAUACGGAUCUCGUAAUAGUGGACCGGACGCUCACAGACAUCUGUUUCGAUGAACCAGUGAUAUUCUCUGACGUACCUGCAGACUUUGACCUGCGGGUGGAGCUCUACAGCUGCUGUGUGGAGGAGGAAUUCAGCAUGGGCUUCUCCACUCGAAGGCUGAGCCGGCUGGGAAGUGCCUCCAGUAAGAAGUUCAUUGCAACUUCAGAGACCGCAGCGUCCUGCAGUUCCCCCGGAGGAGAAUCACCGGUUCUGCUGCCUGCUCUUUCUGUACGGGGCCCUAAAUAUCACCUCCUGGCCCAUAAAUCUCUGACCCUGUGCCACACACAGAACUCUUUCCGAACACAUGACCUGACGAUAUCAGACACAGAGGGCUCUUCGUUCUGGUUGCCGCUCUAUGGUAACAUGUGCUGUCGCCUCGCGGCCCAGCCUCUUUGUAUGACUCAAGUUGUUAUGUGCGGAAAACUCCGAAUUCGGUCAUCUUCCACUUAUUUUUUUGUACCCAAGUCAGAGGACUGGAGAGACGUCUACGGUGUUCUGAGUGGGUCAGUUUUAAAAUGUUACCAGCAGCAAGACGACACAGAUUCUUUAGAGACCCCACUGUUCACUAUUCCCUUUAAUAAGGACACCUGUGUGCGUGCCACAGAGAGCGACCCGGCUCUACAUGCUCACAGUAUCACCAUAACAAACCAGCGUGGUGAUGAGACCACAUACACCAUUGCCACACACACAUCUGAAGACACACAUGACUGGAUGGAAGCCUUCAGGCAGCAUUUCUAUGACAUGAGUCAAUGGAAACAGUGCUGUAAUGAGCUCAUGAAGAUUGAGGAACCUUCUCCAAAGAAAAUGAUGUUGACAUUAAAACAAGGCUCCCUGUAUCAUGAAAUGGUUACGUCCCCAUCCACCAAGACCAGAAACCAUCUGCAACCCCUGAACAGACCUGUUUCUUCUGAAAUCCAAAGCCUGCUGUCCACCUAUUAUAAUGACAGCAAUUUGGCUGGUGGUAACCCAAAGGUUGUAGGUUCAAAUCCCAGGAGAAGCCACCUGCCGCCAUAGUGUCCAUGAAAAAGAUGUCACAUGGCUUCAUGGAAUCUUUGUUCCUGCUCUUUCUGAACAGACAAAUCUGUUGUUUCAUGAUUUAUAUGACAAUUAUGUGUUGUUAAUGCCAUGAUAAUAAAAUGAAAGAUUGGAAAUCCCCAUCACUUCUUGUUUA